AUGGGUCUCCAUUUUCAUCCAUCUGCGCCUCUCGAACCCGAGUUUCUCCAUCUGCGCCUGUCCGGUUCUCCAUCUGCGCCUCUCCCGAACCCGAGUUUCUCUCUUCCACAGUCUCGCUGCUCUUGCAUAGCUUAUCUUCCAUUUCCGUCGGUUGUUGCAGUCGCCGUUGUGGGACAGUCCACAUCUCUGAGUCGCGGUCGUCGUCGCGGUAUGGGAAACGGUAAAGAACAUCCAUCUAUGCUAACACCAUUUCCUCCAACUCCUCUCAUCAAUACAAGCUCCACUACAAGCAUACUAGUUGGGUCAGACCCUAAUAGACCUGGUGGUGGGGAAACUGAAGCGCCAUGUACAUCCUCUACAGUUGAAGAAAUUAAUAAGGAUAGACCAAAUCCACAGGAAACCAAGGAUUGCAGUGCCGGGACAUCUCAGAAUGUUGAAAUUGAUUGUGAUGAUAUGAUUGAGGAGCCAAAGUCGGGGAUGGAGUUUGAUUCUCUUCAAGAUUUAGUGAGUUAUUAUAAGGAGUAUGGUAAGAAGUGCGGGUUUGGAGUGAUGACAAAAAGGACUGAGAGGGAAGAAGAUGAUACUGUUAGGUAUGUCACCCUUGCAUGUGCGCGUGGUGGGAAGGCCCGUAAUAGAACUUUCAAUGUCGCCAACCCACGUCCGACAGGAAAAACGGAAUGUAAGGCAAAGAUUAAUGCCUUAAAAUCUGACGGAAAACUGCGGUUGACUACGGUUCAUAAUAUCCAUAAUCACGGGCUUAGUCCAAAGAAAGCUCGUUUCUUUCGAUGUAAUAGAGAAGUGAGUGAUGCCGUAAAAAGAGUUCUAGAUACAAAUGAUAUGGCUGGUGUCCGAAUGAACAAGAGUUUUGGAUCUCUUGUUGUUGGCGCGGGCGGGUACGAGAACCUCCCGUUUCUGGAAAAGGAUUGUCGUAACUAUAUCGACAAGGCAAGACAUCUACGACUUGGCGCAGGUGGUGCCGGUGCACUUCGAGAGUAUUUUUGUAGGAUGCAGUACAAAAAUCCUGGGUUCUUUGCGUUGAUGGAUUUAGAUGAUGAAGGGAGGUUAAAGAAUGUCUUCUGGGCAGACCCACGUAGUAGAGCAGCCUACCAAUAUUUCGGUGAUGUGGUCACAUUCGACACUACAUACCUGACCAAUAGAUAUGGGAUGCCGUUUGCACCAUUUGUUGGUUGUAUGGAUGGUAUAGCUCCUAAAGCUAUUAUCACUGACCAAGAUAGAGCGAUGAAAAAUGCAAUUGGUAUUGUUUUCCCAAAUACCCGACAUAGAUUUUGUUUAUGGCAUAUACUGAAGAAAGUGCCGGAGAAGCUUGGCUCCUAUGGUUCCUACAAAACUGGGAUGAAAAAUACAUUGAUGAAAUGUGUAUAUGACAGUCAAAGUAUUGAUGAGUUUGAGACAAGUUGGGUGUAG